AUGGAGAACACUACUUUAAAGCAACUUCCAGAUUCAAUUGUGCCCAAUAAUGAAGUUGUAAGUCAACUUGUAAAUACACUCAUGCGAGAUGGUAAAAAAGCUAGAGCACAACGUUUAAUCUCUGACAGUAUGGAAUACCUUUCCAAAAAGAUUGAGCCAGAAACAGAUCCUUAUGAAGUUUUACUUGAAUCUAUUGCAGAAGCUUCACCUUUGUUUAAAUUAUCUUCAAUGAAAAAGGGAUCUAAAGUCGUUUAUGUUCCUACACCAUUAAGAGAUCGUCAACGUCGUCGUCGUGCUAUUGUCUGGAUGUUAGAAGCUGCAAAGAAACGUGGAGAAAAAACAUUUGCGGAAAGAUUUGCAGCAGAAGUGUAUGAUGUUUCGCAAGGCACCAGUACUGUUUUGCAGAAGAAGCUGCAAUUACAUAAACAAGCAUUAGCUAAUCGUGCUAAUACACAAGCCUCAUAUAAUAUUCAACGAUAA